AAUUUUGAACUCAAAAACAUUGUAUAUGAAUAUGAAUUUUGAAUUAUAUAGCAAACUCAUAUUUUAUAUAUAAUUUAUAUUUAUAUGGAACCAUCAUCUUCAUCUUCAUCUCCACCUCCUCUGCUCUCUCCUUGUAUGUGAGCAGAGAGAGAUGAUGGAGGAAGAAUAUCGAAACUCGUCAUUGAACUCACCCCUUAUUCACAAAUCUGAAGAUGGGGUGAAUUCCAAAGAUGAGAGUCAAAUAAAUUAUGAGAAUAUCAGAAGGAAACUGAUAGCUGAGGAAGUUAAGAAGCAAUUAUGGCUAGCAGGGCCUCUAAUAUCGGUCAGUCUUCUUCAAUACUGUUUGCAGAUGAUUUCCAUCAUGUUUGUGGGUCAUCUCGGCGAAUUGCCUCUCUCCGGUGCUUCCAUGGCUGUUUCUUUUACAUCGGUGACUGGUUUCACCGUCUUGUUGGGGAUGGCUAGUGCUUUGGAUACAUUUUGUGGUCAAUCCUAUGGAGCAAAGCAGUAUCAUAUGCUGGGAAUUCAUGUGCAGAGAGCUAUGUUUAUUCUUUCACUUGUGAGCAUUCCCCUUGCAGUCAUUUGGGCUAACACAGGGGAAAUCCUGAAGUUACUUGGCCAAGAUGCUCAAAUUUCAGCUGAAGCUGGGAAAUAUGCUAAAUGCUUGAUACCAUGCCUUUUUGCCCAUGGUCUUGUUCAAUGCCUGAACAGAUUUUUAACGACCCAAAACGUUGUUUUCCCUAUGAUGAUGAGUUCUGGAAUAUCAGCUUUGUCUCACAUCCCCCUCUGUUGGCUUAUGGUAUUCAAAAUUGGACUUGGAACUCGAGGAGCUGCUGUGGCAAACUCCAUUUCUUAUUGGAUCAAUGCAUUGAUAUUGAUACUUUAUGUUAAGUUUUCUUCUUCAAGUUCGAAGACUUGGACUGGCUUUUCAGGGCUGGCUUUUCACAACAUCCCUUAUUUUCUUAAACUUGCAAUCCCUUCAACUGUCAUGGUUUGCCUGGAAUUGUGGUCAUUUGAAAUGGUGGUUCUUCUGUCUGGACUUCUACCAAAUCCAAAACUAGAGACAUCAGUGCUUUCUAUUAGCACUCGAGUUUCAAAUGAACUAGGAGCUGGUCGUCCUGCAGCAGCAAAGCUAGCGGGGUGUGUAGUUAUGACAAUAGCUGUUAUAGAGGGGCUACUGCUUGCGACUAUCUUGAUUCUUAUAAGAAAUGUAUGGGGUUAUGCUUAUAGCAACGAACAAGAAGUGGUCGAAUAUGUAGCAAACGUAGUUCCCCUAAUUGCAGUGUCCAGUUUUCUUGAUGGACUCCAAUGUGUUCUUUCAGGCAUUGCUAGAGGAUGUGGUUGGCAGAAAAUUGGUGCAUAUGUCAAUCUUGGGUCAUAUUAUCUUGUGGGAAUCCCAUCUGCAGUGUUGCUUGCUUUUGUCUUGCACGUCGGCGGAAAGGGGCUGUGGUUAGGCAUCAUCUGUGCACUUGCUGUCCAAACACUUUCUCUUGCUAUAAUUACCAUUCGCACUAACUGGGACCAAGAAGCAAAGAAGGCUACAGAACGAGUGUACGAUACAGUGAUUCCGGUGAAUGCCAUCUCAUGAAACUAAAGUUUUUCUUUGGUGUUGGAGCACUUUGAUUAAUCUCUUCUUGAUGUAAAGUUCUUUGCUUUUGAAAAUCAACAAAUUUGGAAAUGAUUACUAAUGCCUCAGUUUCGCUGAUUCCUGCUCUCAAAGUUGAUGGAAAUCAUUAUAUCUACCCAUUGAAAGCACAAGGGAAGUUGCGUAAAUUUUUAUCUAAACCCAAUACUUAAUAAGAGAGCAAGUUGUAAUAGAACAGAAGUGUGUUGAGCUUGGAGAAUUUCCCUCAUGGACAAAGAUGGUCUGUGAUAAUUUUCUGAAAUAUUUUGCUUUCUUCAAGGUUCAAAAGAAACUCUUUGAUGGCCAAGAGAAACUUUUCGAUGAA